AUGCUUGAUCGAUUUUGCUCACAAAUUUUACUUGAAAUUCAUUGUCAAAUCAAAUGGCUUGAUCUUGAAUCAUCAUCAAUGGAACGUAUACUUCGUGCUACAAAUUAUUCGAAUUUAUAUGGACUCGAUGCAUCUUCAUUAAUUCAUAUAUAUAAAAAUCAAAUAACAUCAUUUAUUAUCGAUAUAAAUAACAAUAAGGAGCAACUAUCAAUAAAAAAUGUCAAUAUAUUUGUAUUUACACAUAUUUUUAUAACAUACACCAAUUUACAAUAUUUAAAUUUCGGUCCAACUUCAAGUGACAAUCAAUAUUUAAUAUUUCCGAAUUCAUCUCCAACUUUUAUCUCCUCAAAUCUCUUAGAAUUGCAUGUCACUUUUGGAAAUUUCAUCGACGGUCUUUAUAUACUUGAUGGACGUUUCAAUCAACUAUGUACAUUUCAUGUUAAUAUUCAUCGCAUUUCCAUUUUCGGUCGAGAACUUAAUAACAAGGAAAAACUACCUAAUUUAAAAUGUUUUGUGCUACACUCUUAUACUCUUACAGGUGCUUAUGAUGAAUUAAUUAUACCACUGCUAUGUCGGAUGUCUAAUUUAGAAAAACUUGUUAUAAAUCUUUCUCUUUCUGUGAAAAAGGCAUUUGUUGAUGGAAAUGAUUUGAAAAAAAAUAUUAUUAAUCAUAUGUUACGAUUAGACAAAUUUACAUUUAAUAUUCGCUCAGUUCUUUAUCUUCAUAACGAAAUUAAUUUACCAUGUAAUGCAGAUAUACAAAAUACAUUUUGUGAUUUUAAAAAUAACCAUAUCAUUUCUUGCGUCGAUUAUUUCGAGGAAAAACAAAGUAGUCAAUGUCUUAUUUAUUCAUAUCCAUAG